UCCAGUAGGAGCAGUAGGAGACGUAGAGAUGAGUUGGUCUCCGGAGCGGAGUCGCUGCGGAGCCGCGGGGGGCCCGGUGAGGGGCAGCUGGUGGCGGCUCGCGGUGCUCCUGGUCUCCGCGUCCUCCCUGCCCGCGGUCACGGCGCUGGUGGAGGGUCUGUACUGCGGCACGGAGGUCUGCUACGACGUGCUCGGCGUCACCAGGGAGGCCUCCAAGGCGGAGAUCGCCCGGGCUUACCGGCAGCUGGCCCGCCGGUACCACCCGGACCGCUACAAGCCCGAGGAGCCCGGGGACGAGGAGUCCGCAGAGAAGUUCCUGCUCAUCGCUACCGCUUACGAGACGUUAAAGGAUGAGGACACGCGCCGGGACUACGACUACAUGCUGGACCACCCUGAGGAGUACUACCAGCACUACUAUGCUUACUACCGCAGGCGGCUCGCCCCCAAAGUGGACGUCAGGAUCGUCAUCCUUGUCACCAUCUGCACCAUCUCCAUCAUCCAGUACUACAGCUGGUUCAACAGCUACAACAAGGCCAUCAGCUACCUGGUCACGGUCCCCAAGUACCGAAUCCAGGCCACGGAGAUUGCCAAGCAGCAGGGUCUCCUCAAUCGCACCAAGGAGAAGGGCAAGAACCGGCGCUCCAAGGAGGAGAUCCGGGAGCAAGAGGAGGAGGUGAUCCGAGACAUUAUCAAGAACAAAAUUGACAUUAAAGGAGGCUACAAGAAGCCCAAGGUGUCGGACAUCCUGCUGUGUCAGAUGGUGCUCUUCCCCUACUACCUGGGCCUGUACGUGGCCUGGUACGUCUCCUGGGUCUACCGCUUCACCAUCUGCAGGGAGGAGUAUGGAGAAGAGGAGAAGCUCUACAUCAUCAGGCGCUACAUGAAGAUGUCGCGGUCUCAGUUCGACGAUCUGGACGAAGACGCCAAGCAGACCUUCUUGGAGAAACAGAUCUGGAUCAGAGAGAACUAUGAGUCUUGCCUUGAAAAACUGCAAGAGCGAAUCCACGAAAGUCGAACCGCGAAGUAG